UUCAAAAUAUAAGUUCUACGUCAAAAUGAAAAUCACAAACACGACCAUUGAGGUCGAAUGUCAAUGAAAUAAUUGCGGAUUAGUCCUGAGGAGAUAUGAUGAAGGCAUUUACGCGAAUACCUUGUGAAAUCUGUCGAUUAUGUGGCUAUAACCUCCAUAUCAGUCGGGCAUCAUCAUCUACUCUGCCCAACCAAGAAUUCUCGAAGACACAGCAGCCUCCUUCACAACCAGCGGUGCUUACUCCAAGGGCGGGUUUCUGUCCCCCUCUAAGAAGGCCGAACACAUACUUCCAAAGACCUCGCAUAGGGGAAAUAGAAAAGAGGAUACACUUGGACCCCUGGUUUAGUGCUUCUAGGAGUACCCAAUCUCUGUUUAGAGUCGGUGCCUAUCUGAACUUGCAGCAUACCAGAAGACAGUUUUCAACUUCGCCGAUCCUCAAUAUAGACGAGUGUGAUGAUGAGCCCCCGAAGAAGAAGCGCCGGGGUAAGCCCGAGGCGGCAGGCGAGAGCCCGAAGCCUUCUAAAGGUACAGGAGGAGCCACUAAAAUCGCCUCCGGGGCUGUCAAGGGGAGGAUUAUAGCUGUGAUCGGAGCUGUGGUGGAUGUGCAGUUUGACGCUCACCUGCCUCCGAUCCUCAACGCGCUCGAGGUACCUGGCCGAAAACCGCGCCUAAUCUUGGAAGUGGCCCAGCAUUUGGGCGAGAGCGCCUGCCGUACCAUCGCUAUGGAUGGUACCGAGGGCCUGGUGAGAGGUCAACCCAUUGUAGACACCGGAGCUCCCAUCACGAUACCAGUAGGAGAACGAACCCUGGGCAGGAUUAUCAAUGUAAUUGGAGAACCUAUUGAUGAGCGUGGUCCAAUAGAGACGGAUGAGUACGCAGCCAUCCACGCCGACGCGCCGCCCUUCGUGGAGAUGUCUGUGGAGCAGGAGAUCCUGGUCACUGGCAUCAAGGUCGUGGACCUGCUCGCUCCCUAUGUCAAAGGCGGUAAGAUCGGCUUGUUCGGCGGCGCGGGCGUCGGCAAGACUGUGCUGAUCAUGGAACUUAUUAACAACGUCGCUAAGGCCCAUGGCGGGUUUUCCGUGUUUGCUGGCGUGGGAGAGCGCACGCGAGAAGGCAAUGAUCUUUACCACGAGAUGAAAGUAGGAGGAGUCAUCACUGAUGAUUAUAAGACUUCUAAGGUGGCGUUAGUAUACGGGCAAAUGAACGAGCCCCCGGGCGCGCGAGCCCGCGUGGCGCUCACCGGCCUCACCGUGGCCGAGCACUUCCGAGACAAGGAGGGACAGGACGUGUUGCUCUUCAUUGAUAACAUCUUCAGGUUUACUCAGGCUGGCUCGGAGGUAUCAGCGUUGCUCGGGCGCAUCCCGUCCGCCGUGGGCUACCAGCCGACCCUGGCGACUGACAUGGGCACCAUGCAGGAGAGGAUUACCACCACCAAGACUGGUUCCAUCACCAGUGUACAGGCGGUAUACGUGCCAGCAGAUGACCUCACAGACCCGGCUCCGGCCACAACGUUCGCUCACUUGGACGCCACCACCGUGCUGUCGCGAGCCAUCGCCGAGCUCGGCGUGUAUCCCGCAGUGGACCCGCUAGACUCAACGUCCAGGGUCAUGGACCCGAAUAUUAUUGGAACAGAGCACUAUGGAGUUGCUAGAGGCGUGCAGAAGAUUUUGCAGGACUACAAGUCGCUGCAAGACAUUAUCGCUAUCCUGGGCAUGGACGAGUUGUCAGAGGACGACAAGCUGACGGUGGCGCGAGCUCGCAAGAUACAGCGGUUCCUCUCGCAACCCUUCCAGGUUGCUGAAGUCUUCACUGGCCACAUUGGCAAGCUGGUCAAGUUGGAGCAGACCAUUAAAGGGUUUAAGAGGAUUCUCAUGGGUGAGCUGGACCACAUCCCCGAAGCAGCUUUCUACAUGGUGGGAACUAUUGAAGAUGUCAUCACCAAGUCACAGGAGCUCGCCAAGGGCGUGUAAAAUAUGAAGAAAUAUCUAUGGAUAUAACGCUUAAAUAUGUGGGCAUAGCGUUCAAAUAAUAUAUAUAUAGUAGUUUAGAUAUAUUCUCUUGUAAAUAGUUGUGAAGUUACGUACUAACGUUCGUGAAAAAUUCACUCACGCAUAUGUGCAUAGACGAGCUUUUAGGUAAGCGUUCACAGCCCCGCAU